CAAAGGGAAUUGAAGAAUCUGAAGCACGUUAUUUUUCUCUGGUUUCUGUGCAAUUCAUAAUUUCUAAACACACUCUAUCACUCCCAUAAUUCUCAGCUUCAUAAUUUCAAAGGAACAAUAAAAUGGAUUCCGUCAACCAAACAAAGGUAGUCCCAGCGGAUGACGCUCCUUUAGUCAAACAUAAAAAACGAAGCUCUCUGUUUCGUUCCUCCACUUCUGCCCAAGACUUGAGACAUUUUGAACUGGAGAAAGAGAAAGAAGAUGUUUCAUCUCCUAGAGGAGUGUUAGAAGCCUGCAUUCGUGAUUUUGAUUCUUGUCUACAAUCAUCCGAAAUGGAGAACGGUUGUUCAAGGUCCAAGGCACAAAUUAGUUGGAGCAAAUAUUUCAAAAAUUUGAAAAAGAGAUCAAUGAAGCGUCUAGCUUCCUUCCCUCCUCUUGGUGUGCCAACGAUACCAAAAGGGAAAAGCAAAAGCAGUGGAGAAAAUCCUGUUUUGACUAAUGUAUACAACUUCAGAUCUUCGUUGGUGAAUUUCACACUCUCUGAAUUGAGAAAUUCAACCAACAAUUUUAGUAAUGAAAAUUUGAUUGGAAGUGGUGGCUAUUCUGAAGUUUACUGGGGUCGUCUCCAAGACGGGAGUCUAGUAGCUAUCAAGAGUCUGACUAAAGGGACUCCAGACGAGAGGACGGCAAGCUUUCUAUCCGAACUAGGCAUUAUUGCUCAUGUUGACCACCCCAAUAUUGCAAAGCUUAUUGGAUGUGAUGUAGGAGGAAUGCACCUUGUGUUCCAACUUUCUCGUCUGGGAAGCUUAGGAUCUCUCCUUCAUGGUCCAAGUAAAAACAAGUUAGAUUGGAGUAAAAGAUAUAAGAUUGCUCUGGGCGUAGCCAAUGGCCUCCUGUACCUUCACGAGAGUUGUCACAGGCGAAUCAUUCAUAGAGAUAUUAAGUCAGAUAAUAUCCUGCUCACUGAAAGCUUCGAGCCACAGAUUUGUGAUUUUGGGCUGGCAAAAUGGUUACCCAGACAAUGCACCCACCAUAAUGUAUCGAAAUUUGAAGGCACAUUUGGGUACCUUGCUCCUGAAUAUUUCAUGCAUGGUAUGGUGGACGAGAAAACUGAUGUUUAUUCUUUUGGGGUUAUACUGUUGGAGCUUAUAACUGGGCGUCCAGCUGUGGAUCAAAAUCAGCUUAGUGUUGUAUUAUGGGCAAAGCCUUUGGUUGAGGAUAAUAAUAUUAAGGACCUUGUUGAUCCUUGUCUUCACAACAACUUUGACCGUGAGCAGAUGGAUCGGGUCAUUUUGACCGCAUCUUUGUGUAUCGAGCACUCUCCUGUCUUACGUCCCUGCAUGAGUCAGCAGGCUGCAAUACUGCUAAGGGAUGAUGACUUUGUGAGGCAACCUACAAAUGCAAGCCGGAGGCGGUCUUUCCUUAGAACAUACUCACAAGAGCUUCUGGAUGCACAAGAGUACAACUCAACCAAGUAUCUAAAUGAUCUCAAUCAACACAAGAAGAUUGCCCUGGGAUCUUGAGAGCUGUGAUUGUUAGUACUCAGAUGACGUACAUAAAUCUGGAGCGAGUCAGCUAUUGGUAGUUUCUUACGAGAGUAAAGACUGGCUUUUUAUAGUGUUUGUGCA